UACAUACAGCUACACAACACAUCACAUGUAACAGAAGUCAACAAAACAACAAUAACUGAGUUAGAUAGAUAAACAAAUAGAGAGAGACACACUUUAAGGCUUGCUUUUACUACUAAUCUACUUACAUAUAAGGAUUUUUGAGGCCACACCCUUGUUAUCAGACAUCUUUUCUGUUCUUUCUUAAUCCCUUUGAAUUUUCUAUAUACUCUUUUAGUGUAAUCCUUUUUUUUUUUUUUUUGUGUUGAAUUGAUGUCUGGUUUGUACAACAAUCAGAUUUCCUCACCAGGAACAGCAAGGGCUAAUUCACCAAAUAUAAACAUGAGAAGCAAUUUUGAUGUUGAUAGCCAAUACUUAACUGAGUUGGUAGCAGAAUAUCAGAAGCUUGGACCUUUCAUGCAAGUCUUACCCUUAUGUACUAGACUCUUAAAUCAAGAGAUUUUAAGGGCAUCUGGAAAGAGUGGAUUGAUGCAGAACCAAGGGUUUAGUGACUAUGACAGAGUGCAGUUUGGAAGUACCAAACCUAGUCUUAUGCCUUCUUUAGACACUACAUCAAGUUUCACUGGAUGGAACAGCUUGUCGCAUGAAGGGCUAAAUGUGGAUUGGCAAAGAGCACCAGCAAUCUCAAAUUCUCACAUUGUGAAGAAGAUGUUGCGCUUGGAUAUUCCUCAUGAUAACCAUCCAACUUUCAACUUUGUUGGGAGGCUUCUUGGCCCAAGGGGUAAUUCGUUGAAGCGAGUGGAGGCUACUACUGGUUGCCGCGUAUUUAUCAGAGGGAAAGGUUCAAUAAAAGACUUUGAUAAGGAAGAGUUGUUGAGGGGAAGGCCAGGAUUUGAGCACUUGAAUGAACCACUGCACAUUUUGAUCGAGGCUGAGCUACCUGUCAAUGUUGUUGAUUUAAGGUUGAGACAAGCACAAGAAAUCAUAGAAGAGCUACUCAAACCUGUGGAUGAGUCACAAGACAUUUACAAGAGGCAACAACUUAGAGAACUUGCAAUGCUGAAUUCAAGUUUUAGAGAAGAGAGCCCUCAACUGAGUGGUAGUCUCUCUCCAUUCACCUCCAAUGAAAUGAUAAAAAGAGCCAAAACUGACCAAUAGUCUUUCUCUACAUUAAGAAAUUGUUGCAUUUGAAGUUACUUCAUGUAUGUAAUGUAAAUGCUGUGUAGCUGCAAUGAGAAAACAUUGAAGAUAUGAUGCCAAUUUGGAGAACACAAUGAUGAGGAGAAUGGAGAAGGGGUUGAUAGUUUAUAUGCUGCAUAUAUGUCUAUUGUCACAUUCAACUGCACUAGAAGAAUUGUAUAAUUAACACAGUUAUUACUUUUAUUAUAUUUUGACAGGUUUGUUGAUGGUGUGUGUAUUUCUUUAAUGUGUGUAAA